AAAAGACUGCAGCGACCCCAGUUGGUAGGUGUAGAAGUUUUGUUUGACGUUUCUACCGUACACUUUGUAAAUACUUAAUAAAUUUGUUUUCGUUUUGUCCCUCAUGUGUCCAAGGGUGUAACACUUAAAUUGUGAUUGAAAUAAAUAGACUAUGGCCUGGUUACAGAACCUAGCUGGUAAGGCUGAAGACUUCCUUAAUAAAAUCGAUAAAAAUGCAGCUACAGUAUUAAGCGAAACAGCCAGCUCCGUAGAACUUACAGAGGAGGCCCUUCUGGUUGAAGUCCCGGAAUGCUCUACUCCGACGAGCAUCAUCGAAAUAGUCAAUGAAAGGGAAACACCAGAAGAUGUAGCUGAAGACGUUGGCAUAGUUAUGACUGCCAGUCCACAAGAGAUAAUCGUAUUCGAGAAGUCGUUAGAUUUUACGGAGAUGUCUUCCAAAGAAUCAACGACCUCAUUGAAUCAUCAAGAAGACCUCGACAAAUUUGAAGAUCAUAUCAAGAAGUUAGAGGAAGAAACUCAACAGCUUACCAAGCAGAACCUCAACUUACAGCAUUUAUACUCUGAAGCGAAAAACGAAAAUGCUUCGCUUCAAAAUCAGGCUCAACGUUCCGCGGAAAUUGCUCAACAAGCUUAUCAUCAAAUGGAACAGUACAAAGUCAGGGCUCAGUUAAUCCUCCAGGAAAAGGAAAAGCUCAUCAAUGUCAAAUCCAACACUAAAGACUGUGAUUCGCAAAAUCAAAUCCUCUCAACUUAUAACGAGGAACUAAAAAAGGAGCUACAAUUCCAGCAGAAUAGAAAUGAAGAGUACAACGAGAAGAUCGAGAGCUUGAAUAGAGAUUUAUCGGUGCUUCAGCAACAGUACGUCGCUGUUCAGAACAGCAGUCAACAGUCGAACGAUUCUCUUCACGAGAAUCUGAAAACUGAACGGAAAUUCAGGGCAAAUUUCGAAGAGGAUCUACAAUUGAAAACUAAAGAAAUUCAAACGUUGCAAAUGCAACUGGCUAGUCAGCAAAGUGCUUUGAGGGCAAGGGAAAUGGAAAUCGUGAAAUUGAAGGACGACCUAAGGUUAAGUAGUCAACCGGGCAGCGAUGUUGGGGAUACGCGAUUUCAUACACUUACGCAAACUUUGAUGAAGAAACAGAACACUUUAGAAACUAUAACUAGUGAAAGGAAUGCACUCAAGAUCCAACUAGAAAAAUUAGAGGGUUCUUAUAAUCGUCUGCUAAAUCAAAAGGAGCGGACUGUGGUCCAAGUUCGUAACGAAACUGAUGAUUUGCGAACACAGGUACCGAGGUUAAUGCAGGUUUCUCCACUGGACGUAGGCAUGACCAGAAAAGUGAAGCACGCUUACUCAACUUUAGACACAAUCAGUAUUCGAACGGGAGUUUUCUUGAGGAGAUACCCCUUAGCCAGGAUUUUCGUCUUCUGCUACAUGAUUCUUCUCCACAUUUGGGUUCUCAUCAUAUUAUUUACGUACGUGCCUACGACCCUCUGAAUAAAUUUUACCAUUGUUGAUAAAUAAAUAAAUUUUAUUAUUUUUCUGAAACUCUCAUUUGAACUU